AUGGCCGAUCAUCAGAAAAUUCAUCCCGUGGUGGAAGUGGAAGCACCACCAACGCGGCCCUUGGUGGCUCAUGGCUCAUACAAGCCAGAAAAAUGCGAGCAAGUGCUUUAUCAGCCACCAUUCAGACGUACCUUUCCAGUGGCCCACUCAAAUCCACCCAAGAAGAGAAGCUGUUGCUGCAAGUGCAUGUGCUGGACAAUUAGCCUUCUCAUCCUUCUACUGAUCAUCAUUGGAAUUACUGCAGCCAUUCUCUAUGUUGUUUUCAAACCAAAGCUUCCCCAAUACUCAAUCGACAGUCUUAGAAUAUCCAAUUUCAAACUCAACUUCGACAUGAGCCUCUACGCUAAAUUUGACGUGAAGAUCAUUGCAAAUAAUCCGAACAAAAAAAUUGGAAUCUACUAUGAGAAAGGAAGUCAACUGAGUGUCUGGUACUCGAGCACUAAGCUAUGCCAUGGAUCACUACCCAAGUUCUAUCAAGGUCACCAGAACACGACACUCAUUAAUGUGGCCUUAUCAGGUCAAACACGAGCAGGAAGUACUCUGAUGGCGGCCCUGCAGGAGCAACAACAAACUGGAAGAAUCCCAUUAGAUCUUAAUGUAGAUGUGCCAGUUAGCAUCAAACUUGGGAAGCUAAAACUGAUGAAGGUGAGGAUUUUGGGCGGCUGCAUGUUGAUAGUUGAUAGUUUAAGUGCUAAUAAUCUGAUCAGCAUCAAAGCCAGUACUUGCAAGUUCAGGCUGAAGCUCUAA